AUGGGCAUCGCCGACGAGCUGCCGGGGGUCGUCAAGGAUUCGGCGCUUGUGCACAAGGAGAGGGGCAACGAAUAUUUCCGCAAGCACCACUACCACAACGCCAUCGUCGAGUACACCACGUCGCUCGAGAUCAGGCCCGAUAAGCUGGUUUUUGGAAAUCGCGCCCAGUCGUACAUCAACCUGAAAAAGUGGAGCGAGGCGUUGAUGGAUUGUAAUCGCGCGCUGCAGCUUGAUGACAAGCUCACCAAGGCGCUAUAUCGACGAGCCAUCGCCCUGGACGCGCUCGGGCUUCACCAGAUGGCGGUGGCGGAUUUGGACCGUCUAAUCGGGAUCACCAACGACCCAGCAGCGCACGCGAUGAAGGAGAAGAUUGGGAACAAGCAAAACGUCCCUCAAGUAAUCCUGCCAGAGGUCAGCAAGGGGGAAGAAUUCGGCGGUGCGGACGAGCCGUGGGUGGAAUGCGAAAUUAAGCGGGUUGGUGAGGUGGCGAGUACGAGCGAAGCACCGGCUACAGCUACGUCCGUUCCGGUUGAGCCUGCGCAACCUGAAUCGCUGUCCCGGCCUACUGUAUUCGCCGAUUUUGAGACGGCCUACUCCAAGCUUCGCGCAUGGCCCGAGGAUUUUGCAGAGUAUUGCUUGAGCGUGCCCAUCAGCAAAAUUCGUUUCCUGUUCGAUGGGCUCUUCGAGACGCGACAUCUGCAGCUCUUUUUGGGAGGGUUGAAAAAGCUGGAUUUAACUUCGCGAACUGAUCAGCUACAAGCGUUUCUGGGUGUCCUGUCUCGAGUUGACGGUAUCCCGAUGGCCGUGUUGCUUUUGGAGGACGAGGAGCAGGAAUACUUGAGCGAUCUUCUGAAGCCGCUCGACGCGGGCCACCCGGAUGUCAGGGAAUCUUUCGGGAUG